UGAUUCAGUUGUUAAUUGAGUUGCUAAUCGUCUCAAGUGGUUGAGCCAGAUCUGCUCAGGCCUUGUUGACAACUCUCGAGUUUCACAUCAAAGCAAUCCAAAGGAAUUAAUGUAUCUUUGCAAACACAAAAACGGAUGUUUGGGCAGGAAUGUUUUUGUUUUUGUUUCCCUAACCGGACCAUGAGCUAGAACGCAGACGAUGUUUUUUUAAAAAAAAAUUCCCACGGUAUUGCAGCUUUAAGAGAAGCUGAGAUUUACAGAAAUACAGCGUGGGGCGGUUGGUGCGAAUUAUUGAAACCGCUGGGAGUUUUUAUACAGACAAGCACUGCAGAGGGAGAGGGGUGUGGGUGGAGGGGACCUCCUGCGUUACACAGUGCAGCAAUGCACAGAGAGAGAGGGGGACAUCGCCGGCUUUAGCUCUGCACAGAGACACACUGGAGAUCUCCUGGACCACAGCUCUGCACACACACACACAGAGAGAGGGAGACUCCGAGAGAUCGCCUGCUUUAAAGUGUCCAGCUCUACAAAGACAGCCUGGAGACCUCUCGUACUACAACGUGCACAGAGAGAGAGAGAAACCAAGACCCUGAGACGUCGCCUGUUUCAGCUCUUCACAGAGAAACUGGAGUCCUUCUGUACUACAGCAGAGAGUGAGAGAGAGGUGAGAUCGCCUGCUUUAAAGUGUCCACCCCGGCACACAGCGAGAGACACAGAAGUUCUGUUUUUCGACAUGCACAGAGAGAAACAGACUCAGAGACGUCGCCUGCUUUAGUGUGCACAGCUCCUGUACUACAGCGUGCACAGAGGGAGAGAGAGAGACAAGACUCAGAAAUAUCGCCUGCUUUAAAGUGCCCACAGGGAAACAAGGGUCCUCCUGUGCUACAGGGUGCACAGAGUGACAGAGUGAACAAACCUCAGGGAGAUCGCCUGCUUUACAGGGUACAGCUUUUCCCAGGUAGAAAGGAGUCGCUCUGUAUUAGAGUGCACAGAGAGAGAGAGAGAGAGCGCCUGGAGACCAUCCUGCAUUACAGAGAGAACAAGACUUAGAGAGCUCGUCUUGCCAUUCCUGAAGAAGGGUUAAUACCCGAAACGUCGACAUCAGCACCUCCUGAUGCUGCCUGGCUUGCUGUGUUCCUCCAGCCUCAUGCCUGUUUGCUUUGGAUUCCAGCAUCUGCAGUUUUAUCGUCUCUGAUUUAGAGUGUACAGCGGUGCACAGAGAGUGAACAAGACUCGGAGAGCUCGCCUGCUUUACAGGGUACAGCUGUGCUCACAGAGAGAGAGAGAGAGAGAAACUGGAGACCUGUGUUACAGAGAGUGAGGAAGGUUCAGACUGCCUGCUCUACAGAGAGAGAGGAGCUCACCUGUCCUAGAGUUUCAGACAGACCCUGUUUUAGAGUGUGCAGAGAGAGACUCGGGGGGUGGGGAGGAGUGGGGAGGAGCGGGUAGGGUAGGGGGGGAGAUCUCCUGCUACCCAGCGCGGUGUCCCCCAGUGACCAUGCAGUGCCCUGGCACAGUGCCAUGCUGAGCAGCCAGUUCCUGAGCCUGGUGCUCCUGCUCGCCAGCAGCAGCUCGCACAGCUGGAGCGGGGAGGAAUUCUACUUACAGCCCAACAGCACGGCUCUCAACUUCUCCCUGGCUGGUCGGCUGGAGCUGCAGAGGGCUGGCGGUGGAGGGGAGCCCGGGGCUGGGGUCCCCGGGCCCGGGGGUGGGGGUGAAGCUGCACCCGGGGCUCCGGGGCUUAGCCCUUCGUCCAGCUCCUGCAACAUCACGGUGCUGAGGCUGGUGGCUACCUCGCUGCUGGCUCGCUGGGAGAGAUCCAUGGGCUUCAAGUGCGACGUGCUCCUGUUCACCACCAACAGCAACGCCCGCUCCUUUUUCUCGGCAGCGUUCACCCGGGUCUUCCCCCCCGUCAUCAUUGACCAUGUCGGGGUCGGAGGGGGCCAGCAGGAAUUCAAGCUGUGCGUGGGUUGUGGCUCAGCCCCUCGGCGGAGCCGCCCCAUCCCCAUCCCCGGCCCCCAGGGCCAGCAGGUUAGCUUCUGCUGCCUGCACUUCAGCCUGGAGGAGCUGAGCUGGGACAGGAGCUGGAGGGUCAACCGCAAGCCCAUCGAGUCCACCCUGGUGGCCUGCUUCAUGACCAUCGUCAUCAUCAUCUGGAGCGUGGCUGCUCUCAUCUGGCCCGUGCCCAUCAUCGCUGGCUUCCUGCCCAAUGGCAUGGAGCAGAGGAGGGGCUGAAUGGACUGAGGAGUAGGGGGUGGGAGUGCCUGGGUAGGUGAGGGGCUGUGGGGUGUGACUGAGGGGAAUCCCUUGCACUGCCCACCCACCCUCCUCCUCAAAGGCUCCUGGUAACUGUACCCCAGGGACUUAGGGUCUAUAGCCCAUUUCCCUCCCAAUCCGGCUCCCAUCGCCCCAGCACUUGGCCUUAAAAACCUUAGCCAUGGUCAUUGGAGUCAAAGAAAAUGACUGAUGGAACUUGUGUUCACAUUUUCGAAGAGAGACGCAGGGUUGGCUUGCCUGUGACUGUUGGGGCUCAGGGGACUUGGCAGAAUUGGCUACGUUCGGUUUUCCAAAGGUUACAGGUAAUGAGGAAACAGGGUUGGCACGGUGGCUCAAUGGUUAGCACUGCUGCCUCACAGCGCAAGGGACCUGGGUUUGAUUCCAGCCUUGGAC